AUGUGGUCUUUCAGGAUGGGGGAUGUGGUCUUUGAGGAUGGGGGGGUGGGGUCUUUGAGGAUGGGGGGGGUGUGGUCUUUGAGGAUGGGGGGAUGUGGUCUUUCAGGAUGGGGGGGUGUGGUCUUUGAGGAUGAGGGGGUGUGGUCUUUGAGGAUGGGGGGGAUGGGGGGAUGUGGUCUUUCAGGAUGGGGGGAUGUGGUCUUUCAGGAUGGGGGAUGGGGGGAUGUGGUCUUUCAGGAUGGGGGUGAUGUGGUCUUUGAGGAUAGGGGUGAUGUGGUCUUUCAGGAUGGGGGUGAUGUGGUCUUUCAGGAUGGGGGUGAUGUGGUCUUUGAGGAUGGGGGGAUGUGGUCUUUCAGGAUGGGGGGGAUGUGGUCUUUCAGGAUGGGGGGAUGUGGUCUUUCAGGAUGGGGGGGAUGUGGUCUUUCAGGAUGGGGGGGGUGUGGUCUUUCAGGAUGGGGGGGAUGUGGUCUUUCAGGAUGGGGGGAUGUGGUCUUUGAGGAUGGGGGGAUGUGGUCUUUGAGGAUGGGGGGAUGUGGUCUUUCAGGAUGGGGGGAUGUGGUCUUUCAGGAUGGGGGAUGGGGGGUGUGGUCUUUGAGGAUGGGGGGUGUGGUCUUUGAGGAUGGGGGGGGUGUGGUCUUUCAGGAUGGGGGUGAUGUGGUCUUUCAGGAUGGGGGUGAUGUGGUCUUUGAGGAUGGGGGGAUGUGGUCUUUGAGGAUGGGGGUGAUGUGGUCUUUGAGGAUGGGGGGGAUGUGGUCUUUGAGGAUGGGGGGAUGUGGUCUUUGA